AUGGCACUAGAUACAACCCCUUGCCAUCAACGGCCAAUAUGCCCCGAGCCCCAUCUCGCGAUGUCAUUGCACUUGCCUGUGCUUUGUUGCUGCCAUUUAAAUCCCUAUCAUCGCAUGAUUAUUGAUCACCCCGUCGAGAUACGCAUUCGUAAAGCUCAAGAGGAAUUUGAGCUUCUCGUCAGCCGGCAGUCUAAAACACUCGAAUCUGCUAAGAUUGAGUAUCAGAGAAGAUACUCACGAGAUCCACCCCCUGGGUUUGACGAAUGGUUCUUCUAUGCAAAAUCAAAGCACUCAGUCUUGAUUGAUGAUUUCGACAUGAUAAACGAGGGUCUAAGUCAGCUUUGGAAAGUUGAUCCCAAUCAUCUUCACAAGAACAUUGAUUAUGCGUCGAAAUCGGAGCAUCUUGCCCUACGAAUAUGCGGAUUCCGGAACGGACAGUACUACAUGCAAGAAAACCACUGGCUUGCCAAAGAUCUCGGAAACCUUCUAAACGAAGUGUCUCAGGAUAUCCCUGAUGUUGAAUUUCUCAUAAAUUUGUUGGAUGAACCCCGAAUCAUUCCGAAACCACCGAUGCUUGAUACUAGUGGUAUAUCGGAGCCUCAAUUUAUUGAAGCGAGUCACUCAUCGAUAUGGAAUCACACAGUUAGCCUUUGCGCACAUAUUUCGCCUAACCAGAACGCCUGUAGUACCUAUGACUCCAGGCUGUCAUUGGUUGGGGACUGGUCUAAAGAGAAGGAUGUCUGCUUACACCCUGAAUUCGCCCUAACACAUGGUUUCUUCUUAUCCCCGAUGACGGCAAUUCUUACUAAUACGCACCUUCCUAUCUUAUCUCAAGCAGCUCCUAGUUCUUUUGGCGAUAUCGUGUACCCCAGUCCCUGGUAUACCGAUAAGAUGGAUCAAGGAGAGUAUGAUGAUGAGAAAGAUCCUCUAUGGGACCAGAAAGCCAGGAAGCUCUAUUGGGCAGGGAGUACCACUGGUAGCUACAGCUGGAAUGGUACCUGGCGAUAUUCUCAUCGACAACGCUUUGUCGAAUUGGUACAAAACCUGAACAAGACUCACCACGUGUAUCUCCAGGAACUCAAACCUAGACACUGGGUGAGCUACCGAGCUAUUGAAGAACAUGGUAGCUUAUUUGAUGUCAAAUUUACUGACAUCAUUCAGUGCGACAUCUGGGAUUGCGAAGCACAGAAUCAGUUCUUUAUAGUUAGCAAAAGAGAAGCCCGGACCCGGCAGUUGAGUGCUCAGUUCGCGUUUGAUACUGAUGGUAACUCUUUCAGCGGGCGGUUUUACACUCUGUUGCAAUCACGAAGCGUUGUCCUCAAGCAAACUGUUUUUCGUGAGUGGCACGACGAGCGUGUGGUGCCGUGGGUACAUUUUGUUCCUGUCAGCUUGUCUAUGAACGAACUGCCAGAGAUAAUGCGAUACAUGACGGCCCACGAACAAGGAAAGAAAAGGGCACAGGAGAUCGCAGAGGCAGGCCGUGAAUGGCAUGGAAAAGCUUUAAGAAAGGAAGACUUUACGAUCUAUCUCUACCGUCUCAUGUUAGAGCUAGCGAGGGUCAUGGGGCCUACACGUCAGGUUCGAAGCUAA